AUGGUUGAAAUAAGACCCAAAGAGUAUUGGCCGAUUGUCUAUAGAAAAGAGUACAAUGUUACAUUUUUUGGUCUUGAAAAUUUACAUCCAUUUGAUUCGAAAAAAUGGGCACACAUUUACAAAAUAUUAAAAAAUACUUUGGGCUUAAAUGAAAGUAACAUCUAUGUUCCUGAUGAAAUUACUGAUGAUGAACUGCUUACAAUUCAUGAUGAAAAAUAUCUUAAAAGUUUGAAAUGGAGUUAUGUUGCUGCACGUAUAUCAGAAAUUCCAGUGGUUGCCUUAUUUCCUAAUUUUUUGGUUCAAAGACAAUAUUUAAGGCCCAUUAGAUUUCAGGUUGGAGGUACAAGGUUAGCUGGAAAAAUAGCUCGGAAGGAAGGAGUUGCCGUUAAUUUAGGAGGAGGUUUUCAUCAUUGUAGUAAAAAUCGUGGUGGAGGAUUUUGUCCAUAUGCUGAUAUAUCAUUGAUUGUGAACGAUGCGUUACAAGAAAAUGACUGUAAACUGGUGAUGAUUAUUGAUUUAGAUGCUCACCAGGGUAAUGGAUACGAGAGAGAUUUUAUUGGGAACUCAAAAGUAUUUAUUAUUGAUGUAUUUAAUAAAAAUAUAUACCCAAAAGAUACAUAUGCAGAAACUGCCAUUUCAAAGGCUGUGAAACUAGAUUACUUUAUACAAGAUUAUGAAUAUUUAACCACUGUUGAAAGUGCUUUGAUUGAAUCACUCUUGAAAGUUAAACCCGACUUCAUAAUUUAUAAUGCGGGCACAGACAUUUUAAAAGGAGAUAAGUUGGGGUUGCUCUCUAUUACUCCAGAGGCAAGUUUUAAUUUGAUUUUGUUAUAA